ACAUGUUCAGUGCUCUCAAGUUUAAUCUGCCCCGUGGCUUGCCCCUGGGGGCAAGCGGACACCGCACGAUCCUACCGCCGGAUCCCGUCGGCGAUUGCCUUGCUUGUUUGCUGCCUCUACAGGUCUCACGAUGGAUUUCGACGCAUUUGACGAUGAGAUUUUGAACCUAAGUCCACCCCAAGACAUAGAUCUAUGGCCAAAUUCGCCACCAGCCGUUAUCGCAACGCAGCCGACGGACGCGCAACAAAGCACCAACAGCGAUGAUGAUGGUUCUGGAGACGACGAUGGACUCUACGGCGACGCGUCGCCCGGCGAACUCAGAGAUGACUGCAGCGAGGGCAGCUUUGGCGAUGGAGAACAAGUAGUUGUGGCGGCAGACCAGGAUUCGUGGAAGAUUGAUCACUCCAAAGGAGACCACAAGUUCAAAGUGCAGGAAUUCAUCGCGGCCACUAAGAGCACAUCUUUCGACGGCAGCCAGGCUAUCGACAUGCUGCAGAGGCGAUACACGAUCGACUACGGAAGCAGGAAGGCUGGCUCCCGAGCCGCUGCGUUGGAAGACGAGUACAUACCGUCGUUCUUUCUUGAUCUUCUCAUCAUCGUCGGACGACCGCUCAGGCCGAUCUCGCAGCCAUCCAGCCGCUUUUUCGACAACAUGACCAUCAGCUUCAAGAACUGGCGAGCUUCCUACAGCAACAAGCACGUUCACGGACUGUCGUUUGACCUGGAAAACCGCACCUUCCGGCUGGCCACGGCUGCAACGCGGGAGUCCUGGUUCAUCGUGAUGCACCCCGUCGCCAACGCACCCGAGGAGCUUCUGUCGAGGAGCGAACGUCGAAAACGUCGCGAGAAGUCAUCCCAACGUAGCGCCCUACAGCUCCGCCACGCCCAGUUCCUCGCAUCGUACAUCAAGGAGAUCUUCCUCAUUGGCGAGCUGUUGGGGGAGGGCGUAGAGCCGUCUUGGAGAUUAGACGGCCCACACACGCAAAAGAUCACCUUCAACAAAUGGACGACGUUCCAAGAGGCUUUUAUGCGAGGGUGGCCGGAGCACGUGGGACAGAACACACGGGAUACGUUUUGGACAGAGAACCAACCGGCGUUCCACGCGUACGACUACGGGGCGAACAUUGAGAUAGACGAAACCCGACUCCGGCCUGUCGAGGAAGAGUCCGACUCAGAGGAAGAGGCAGCUGAGAGAGGAGGAAGCGCAGAGCAUGACGAGCGAUCCCGUGGCAGUACACCAGGAGCCAGCGCGAUCCCACAAGUCAGCUACGACUACCAGAGCCUGUUUGUGGGUGGGCUGCACCAGCUCCGAACCGAGCUAGAGGACAAGUACGUUCUGGAUAGCAUUGAGACGGUCUCUUAUGCUCUAGCCGUCGACAUCAACUGUCUGGACGGACAAUCCCCGGACCCAGACAACAAGCUGACGCGUUGUCUCCUCGCUGACCGCAACAUGGUCCUACGGGAGUACCAGGGGCUGCGAGACUUCACCUUCUACCCUCUUGCGUUCCACCCAGCAUACGGCAAUUUUUCGUCCCCGCGGCCUCCAGCGUUCCUGAUGGACAACCUCCUCGCAGUCAUGCAGGAGAACAUAAGCUACCAGCACAACGGAGCAAGCGUGUUAAGCUACGGGUACUUCCAGGGAUACUCGAAUAUCAAAAGAAGCAUCCGGCAUGGGCCUGACGACUUGCUUGUCACCAAGGGAGUCGCAACCGCUGCUCUAGCGCUGCCUGAUCGCGAUGGAAACCUAUCUGCUCGAGUAGCCUCUAAGCGGGAUCGUCUGCUGCAGCACCUGCGGGGACAACUAACUCCCGACAACCCCGAGUCUUCUAGGCCGUUUGUCCGUGAAGGACAGCGGAUCGAAAGGGCAAUACUCGAGGAGGAGCACGCAUUCAGGAUGGAACAAGUGCUCUCCGUGCAGGUCUCGAGGCUGACUGACGGCACUCGGAGUUUCUCCACCGUGCUCAAACCCAUCUUCCAGCUAAUGCGUCUCUUCCUCGAAGAACCGCAAUGCUACACACACCUCUUCCGAUCCUUCCGCCCGUCGGUGUUUCCAGGCGUUCUGGCAUCUUUUGCAGCCAUGUUCGCGCAGGCAAUUGACAGUAUCCAUGCUCGCUUUAAGGCCGCUGGCUCUAAGGGAUUGUGCGUCGCAUUGGCAGAGGGGGUGUCCGCACUCGACCGCCUUGGUAGCUACUGCUUCACCGGAUUCCCAAGAUCUCUGAUAGGCUCGGUGCUUCAGCCGCUAGGAACAAUCGAGGGCAUUGAACAGGGUGGGUGGCCGUUUAUCGACCCCCGCAUGCUGGACCUGCAAGGCGCUGGCAACCUUAGCCUAGCACAAUGGCCUCGACGGGAGAACGGACGGCCGAUUAUGAUGCAUAUAGCAUCCAUCGCUUUCCACUAUGGGCCAGAGGUCGCGGCUAGCUGUUACAGCGAGGUAUGGUUCAACGAGCUUGGGGGGCUUGGGGUGCAGGGGCCGACGAGUGCGGCUAAGUUUCUCGAAGAGGUGCUACAGGAAUUGUGGAAGCCACAGAUGAUUUCGUUCGUUACGCACCAGUUCCACCGCGGGUUGAACAAGGGCAGUCGAAGCCACACAGCGAGCGACGGCCAGGGGACGCUGCAGUUGUUGGAAGGCCAGCGAGAACGGGUGAAGCUGUGGGCACAGAGCGAGAACCCCUUCUCUUGGGAAGAGUACGAGUCGGUCAUGCCCGUCUUCUUGUCACAGGAGAUCGUGCCACAAUCUGCUGUGUCGUGCAGAACGCGACGCGACUUCGCACAAGACUUAUACACUAGCUGCAUGAAACCCGACCGGUCGGCAGGUAGAUCGUUCUGCUCACAGAACGCGACUUGGUUCUCUGUGCUCCGGGCGGCUGUGCGGCACACUGGGGUGAAGGCGAUGAGCAAGGACCACUGGAUUGGCGCAUUUACUGUAGCUAUGCUCGCCUGUCAGAUUGAGUGUCUGCCAGGCUCGUAUCAGUCAAGACUCAGCUACCGCAGAGUGACACGACUGGUGGGCUCAGCUCCGCCCGUGUCGGCGAUGGCGGCGAGACCUGGCAGCCUCAAGCGGGCAGCGAUCGAGGCGGAGCACCGAGCCAAGCGGCCGUCGCUGAGGAAGCGCGUAAUUGACUUUGACUGUGCCAUACCAUUUACCGCAAUACCGCAGCUUGUUGAGGACGGAUUCCGGCAGCAAGAAAAGGUAUUCAAGACAGGUAAUCAGGGUAUACUAGAGCACUAUCAGACAGCGCGGCAGUGUCUUGCAGAAUGCUUGGGCGACCCAGUGUGCGAUGUCAUGCUUAUGUUAGUGUUGACGUUGGCGUCCUCAUCGGUAACACCUACUGUACUUCCCAAAGCUCGAGAGUUUAGCGCAGGGCCAAAGAAAGACAGCUCUAUGUUCGCAGCCAACUUGGUGACGAGAAUGCUGUGGUUCUUUCGGCCACAGUGUUUUCCGUGGGAUGCAGAUGGCGGUGUAGUGCUUCGGGUAUCUGAGAUGACGAAGAAGAUUGAGCACAAAGGAGUAGCGUGGGGUAAUUGGGAUAGUCCGCGGAACAGCGAUCUAGAGCUGCAGAGCUGA